AGAAGAUCAACCAAACGUCACCGUGCCACUGUCGAAUCAGUGACGAGGACGGGGUUGUAGCCCCGCCCAUACAGAAACCGCCAUCAGGAAUCAAAUAGAAGGUUUCUUCUUCGCUUGACAACACGGGGGCGGUGGUGUAAACAACAUGGCGGAGGAAGUCCAGGAGGAGCAGCUUGAGACAUUGCAGGAAGAUGAGAAGUCGAGAACAAAGAAAACCCCCUUGAAAUCAGCAGGGGAAGUGAUCGUGGAGGGAAAGCGUGCCAAGAAGAGUGUGGAACGACUUGACUUCCAGGUGCCUAAGCACAAAGAAAAGCUGAGGAUUGCAGAAGGAAGUGGUGACAAGUUGGGAGACAUUCCACGCACUAACUUCCAGAUCAGCAAACUGAAGCCGGCCGACCUGAAGCCUCUCCACGCCAUCUUGUUUGAGCGGCCAGGGAAGAUGGCCACCAUGAAGAAAAACCUGCGUCUCUUCAAUGGCUUUCCUUUCAACGCUGGCAGCGAGCAGUACCUCAAAAAGCGGGAAAAACUUCUCAGGAACUCUCACUUGACCAAUGCUAAGCUGAAGGUGGUUUGUGGUGUCUUGGAUCUGGAGAAGAAAGGGACACACUCGGAUCUGGUGGACAGGAUCCUGAUGUUUCUGCUUGCUCCGAAAAAUAGUGGGAAGCGUCUUCCCGUCAAGAAGAAGAAGAGGUCCAAGAAGAAAGUGACAGCUGACCAGUCGACUGCCAAGAGCAAAAAGAAGAGCAAUGCCAAGACUGGACGUUCCUCGUCCUCCUCGUCCAGCCCCAAGAAGUCCAAAGCAGGAAGUAAGUCCAACGCCAUUGUCAUGGACUCCAGCAGCGAUGACGAGGAGGAUGAAGACGAGGAAGAGAAGGCAGCAGAGGAAGACAGGUCAUCCAAGAAAGACGAGGACUCGUCGGAACAGUCCGCAGAUGAAGAGAUCACCAAGUCCAAGAAGCGUUCCCGGACGCCGACCAAGAAGACACCUCAUCCCAAGAAGCGGCUCAAGACAGACCUCUCUGAUGACGACUUGGACAGCGACAGCGCUGAGAAGAAGAAGACGACUACGAAGAAACCUGGCGCCAGGACUAAGAAGGCGGACAGCAGCAGCAGGAACACCAACACAGACACGUCGGACGAGGACGAGCCACUCAGCAGGAUGAUCAAACGAGCACCGAGUGAUGAGCAGCUGAAGGAGACAGUGCGUGCUCUGCUGAAGGACGCCGACCUGGAGGAGAUGACAAUGAAGCAGAUCUGCCAAAAGGUGUUUGACACAUAUCCUGAUCACGACCUGACCGGUAGGAAGGACUUCAUCAAACAGUCGGUCAAAUCUAUCAUCACAUGAAGAGUGGAAGUGAUGACAGUUAACUUUUUAUGUCUGGAGGGAACAUUUGUACAUUUCUUUGUCUUGUAUUCAAUAAAAACCUUUUCAACUAAAA